AAAGCUGACCAUCGAACAGGAAAGAAGGAGCCUUUCAGGGGAUCCUCGCCGGGAACCGAACCGAAAGGAGCUCCAGUCCAGUGAACUAUCGAAUCGAACUUCGAAGCCUUCUGCUUUAGGAAACAAACGACAGUCUUAGGCGAGAAUGAAGGUCCAUCAGUGUAUGCUUGUGUUUGCCAGCCUCGUGGUGUUUGCGGUGGCCUACCCGGCGGAGAAGGUCGUUGAGCCGCAGCCCCAGAGUGUCGCCCAACCACUGGAAAUAGUUCAAUUGGUGCCCGCACCCGAACCAGCAGUCGAUGGAGCGGCCGAUGAAACGUCCGAAGCGGAGGCACGACAGAAGCGACACAUUGGUUUCGGUGGUGUAGGCUUCGGUGUGGGCGUCGGAUUGAUUGGUGGUGGCUUUGGCGCAUAUCCGGGAUACGGCUAUGGUGGCUAUCCGUCGUACGGAUACGGAGGAUACCCAGGUUACGGUUACGGAUACCGUCGCUACCACGGAUACCAUUAUGGUGGAGGCUAUGGCUAUGGGGGUGGAUUCGGUCAUCCGUACUUUUAAUAAGUUGAAAUUGAGUUAGGUACAAAGCGAUGUGGGAGAUGUGAGCAAUAAAAGAGAUUAA